AUGAACACCAUUAGCAACACCCACAGAUACAGUUAUCUAUAUCAAGUUCUUUCAUUCAACAAAUAUGGAAUUUUUUCACUAAGUUCCUGUUUGGCUGGGGACUAUUACAAGCACUGGAGUCACAAGGGCUCUGCCCUCAUGGAGCUUACCUUCCAGAGGAGAAGUAGCAGUAGGAUGGUGAGGAGUGCCUUAGGAAAAGGCUGUAUGGGGGAAGGGGUGGAGAAUGCAGGUGGAUGAGGGCUGUCGGGGCAGGCCUGGCCUUUGACACCGGGAGAGAACGUGUGGCAGAUGCAGGGUUCUGCAGUGGGGACCUGCCUGCACCUUCAAGGGAGGGCCAGGGGGACGGAGUGGCUGGAGCAGGGCGAACUGGGGCAAGGCAGAAGGAGAUGAGGUCAGAGGGAUAGGAAGGCCUUCUAGGCCCUGGAGAAGCUCUUGAUGAGCUAGAUGGGGAGCCCAUGCAGCCGUUCGUGCAGAGUCUGAAAUCUUCAAGCUGCAUUUUCAAAGGCUCUCAAAGGCUCUCUCAGGUGCCCAGGUGGAAGGCUCUGCCUUGUGUGGUAGGAGAGUCCGAAGGCUGCUUCAGUGCCUCGGUGAGAGGUGGUGUGAGGGCCCAGGCAGUGGCAGUGCAGUGCAGAACAAAUGGCUGUAUCCUGGAUAUAUUUUGAAGGUAGUGCAAGCAGGAUUUGGUGAUGCGCUGGAUAUAAGGUGCAGAUGAACCAGAGGCAUAAGGAACAGCUUGGGGUUUUCAUUAGAACAGUGGAAGAAUGGAGUGACCGUUACUGAAACGGGGAAGGGUGUGGGAGGAGCAAGUUUGCAAGGCAGGGUGCUUGCCAGGUGAGGGGGUUGGUGUUGAGGAAGUCACGUAAAUUAAGAAACUCAGGAAGGGAGGAGUGAGCAGCUAUGUUGAGCGCUACUUAAGGUAAGCUAAAGUGAGGAACUGAGACUGGACCAUUCAUCUGGCAGGUGAGGUUGUCGGUGGCUUUGUCAGGAGCAGUGCAUAUGGAGAACUGGGAGAAAACCAGGCUGGAGUGGGGACAGGGAAGGACCUGGGGCGUGGAAAUGGCUGUUGUCUGAGGUGGGUGGAGGCCGACACAGGGUAUAUUGUUUCUAGUUUUAAGCUGGGAAACACUAAGGGGUAUUGAUACUCUGGUGGGAAUGAUCCAGAUCACCCCACGACCAUCUUUUCAUAUGAUUUGUCUGACCAUCAAGGUAUAUUAAGGACAGCGUGUUUGCUGCUGGGACUGGGGCUGGUUUGGGAACUUAGAGGAAGUCAACUCCUAGUUUGAGGUGACAUUCAGUGUGAUGUUGGCAGCUUUUCCUACUUGAGAUAGUGGAGGAGUACUAGGAAGUAUGGUGAUGCUGAUGAGUUUGCGCUGAGACGUAGACUGGCCUUGAGCUGCUGGUGGACGACAAGCCCUGCAGGGACUAGUGGGGAGCCAGGUGUCCUGAAUGGCUGGAGAGCCAGCCCCUGUCAGUGAUGAGGCCCCCAGUGAGCAACCGUGUGAAAAUCUGGGUGAAAGACCGGCUCUGGUGCACAUUUCAGUCCCGACUAGACACAGUGGUUACUUUGUUUUCAAAAAUAACUUGUUUGGUAGCUUUUGCAAAUUUGUUAUUGAUAAUGUGUGUCCUUUUUCCUACACUAACAACCAGCAGAACCCCAAACAAAACCACAGCGCUGGUUGUUUGCUUAUUUCAGGAGUAGCAAGUAGGGAGAAAUAGGCACUGCAGUGGGCGUGGCGGGAAGCAGGCCCGUGAGAUGGACUUAGGCCAGUCCCUGGAAUGGGAAAGCAUUCUUGGGGCCUUACGCCCCUGGGAUGCCCUUUGUCUACGUCAGCAGUGUUUCCUGAGACAAAACUGGGUAUGUGUCUGACGCCAGAAUUGAUUUCAAGGCCUCCCCUAACAUCCAGCCCAAUCUGAUACAGCUUGCCCGUCGCUCCCCCUUCACUCCAGUGGGCCAGGCUUUUCUCGUCUCAAGACCUGUGCAUGUGCUACUCUCAUAGAAUGGAUGCUUUUCCCCACUGAUCACCUGGUGGAUUCCUGGGCCACCUUCCACUUCAGCUUCAAUAUCAGGCCUUACUGUUCCCCACCCUCAACCCCGGAUUUCAUUCAGUUUCCUCAGUGUUACCAAAAGUCUCCCAUGUUCCCCCGCUUUCCUCCGUAGCAUUUUUCACAACGUGCACUUCCAUGCACGUGUGAGAACCCAGCUGGAGCAUAGCCCCAGGCAGGCAUAGCCCCAUGCCCCUUGCCUCUGUGAUUCUGGGUAUAGACACCGGUGCCCCCACAUCUCUGUGACUUCAAGGUGCGGGGGAGGGGGGUAUAACAAUUAAGGUUUCCAUCCUGGACCCAGACUAAUUGAGUUUAGAUCCCAGCCGUCACACCUGCCAGCCUGUGGGCUGGUGUCCGAGUGCCUCCCCUCUGCAGUGGGCAUGGCAGUCAUCCCUAUCUGAGGGUUAGGGUCAUGCCUGCCAUCAGCACUUGGUCACCUGGUGCCUGCAGCAGCGGCGGGGCUGUGGUCAGGGUCAUAUAGCAGCCUUAACCCUAAUCCUGAAAGGCAUGGUUUAGACCACCUUAGAAUGGCUCUGCUGGAAGUCGGAGGAGCACGUUAAAUACCACGGAGUCUCAGAAAGGAAGUUCUUGCUUUUGCAGAUGAGUUGAGUCACCGGUAGGUCUGGUCCAACUCCAGAAGGGAGCAAGGCAACUUCCUGACGCUGAGCUGCCUGCUGCUGCCAUCCCAGACGGGGAGCCAGCAGCAGUGGGGGCUGGGCUUCACCCAGCAGCUGUUCUGCCGGCCUAGCUUGGCGUUGGGGAGGAUCAUCUAGCCCGGCAUCGUGGCAGGAGGGGUCAGGACUGCUGUCCCUUUCCAGAGAGGUCUUGCAAAGAGGGAAACAGAGCCUGGGUUUGAGCAGUUUAAAAUGGCAGAGAGGUUGCAUGGGAACUGGAUCAGACUGUACUUGGAGGAAAAUACCUCGGAAGUCCUGUUCAACCUGGGAACCAAGGUUCGCAGGCAGUACUUGGAUGCCCUGAGGACUCUGAGCCUAUCCCUGAGCAGACAGGUGGCUCAGUACGACAUCUACUCGAUGCUGGUGGGGACCGUCAUGGUUCUGGAGGUCCUAACCCUGCUCCUGCUCAGCAUCCCGCAAGCACUGAGCAGCAAGGCUGAAUUGGAAAUUCCUCUGUGGUCGCCUGUGUUUUCUCUGCUGUUUUAUUUGAUGUUUCUGGUUCUUUCUGCUCUUCACGUCAUUGUGUGCACCUCAGCUGAGAGUUCCUGCUAUUUCUGUGGCCUCUCAUGGCUGACGGCAGGUGGAGUGAUGGUGUUGAUCUCCGCACUGCUCUGUGCGGUUGUGUCUGCUCUUGCCAAGAUGUUUGCCAGCGGAAAGCUCCUGAGCAAGAAUCCAGCCCAUCCAAACUCACGAUGGUCAGAGUUGGAUGUUGUUAUCUUGUUGGGGACCAUGGGCCAUGUGCUGAGUCUGGGCGCAAGCAGCUUCAUCGAGGAAGAGCACCAGACCUGGUACUUCCUCGUUAACACCCUGUGUCUGGCUCUGUGUCACGAAAUCUACAGAAACUGCUUUCUGGGCGACGACUGUGAGCCCCGGCGAUGCUCGCACAGGGAGCGGGGGUUUGUCAACACUGCACCAGCGUUACAGGACGGGAGCAUCGGCCAUGACGAGCUAGAGCCCCACAGAGCGUCUAAGAGCCCCACUUCCCUUAACACGCUCAGAGGCUGGGAGAAGUGGAUGGCGAUGGCAAGCCCCUGGGUGAUACUUACCUGCUGCCGGCUGCUGCGGUCACUAAACCAGACGGGUGUGCAGUGGGCCCACCGGCCUGACCUGGGGCACUGGCUCACCAGUUCUGAUCAUAAAGCUGAGCUCUCCGUUCUGGCCGCCCUCUCACUCAUCAUGAUUUUUGCGCUGGUGCAGAGGAGGUGCUCCCUGACGUCAAAAGUAGCCAUGGCACUUGGCCUCCUGGGUGUCUACUGCUACCGGGCAGCCAUUGGAAAUGUCCUGUUCCCAUGGCAACGAGACAGCAAAGACAUUUCCAAGGGUCUUAUUGAAGCUCGUUUUGUUCAUGUCUUUGUCCUGGGCAUUCUGUUCACGGGCACCAAAGACUUGCUUAAAUCUCAAGUCAUUGCUGCAGACUUCACAAUCAAGACUGUGGGUUUAUGGGAGAUAUAUAGUGGAUUAGUUCUUCUGGCUGCUUUGCUUUUUAGACCACAUAAUCUUCCAGUUUUAGUAUUUAGCCUCUUGAUUCAGACUAUAAUGACUAAAUUCAUCUGGAAGCCCCUGAGGCAUGAUGCAGCUGAGAUCACUGUAAUGCAUUAUUGGUUUGGUCAAGCAUUCUUCUAUUUCCAGGGAAACUCCAACAACAUAGCCACGGUGGACAUCUCAGCGGGCUUCGUGGGCCUGGACACCUACGUGGAGGUCCCAGCUGUGUUCCUGACCGCAUUUGCAACGUUCGCAGGACCCGUGCUGUGGGCCAGCCACUUAGUGAGCUUCCUGAGCUCAGAAACCAGCAGUGGUUCUGCACUGAGUCAUGCUUGCUUCUGCUACGCACUGAUCUGUUCUUUUCCAGUUUCUGCGUAUAUCAUUUUGGUGACAUCCCUGCGUUACCAUUUAUUUAUAUGGAGUGUGUUUUCUCCAAAACUUCUUUAUGAAGGAAUGCACAUCCUCAUCACAGCUGCCAUCUGUGUGUUCUUCACAGCCAUGGAUCAAACCAACACAAAGUCAUAGGCACUGGGAGAACAAUAUAUUUCUAAAGUCCAUUCACUUCAUGCAUUUGAGUAGUGAAAAAAAUCUGUUUAAAUGUGAGAACAUUCUUAAAAAUAUCGUGAAUUCUACAGAGUUGAUGAAUAGCUUCAGUUUCUUUUACUGCUAUACUUGAAUUUAGAUCAAAUAGUAAGUGAUUUGAAAGGUCACUUUAAAGUAGUUUGAAUAUGAAUCAUGUUCCCUUGUUGACAGUAACUCCAUAAACUUCUGAACUUCUAAUUUCCUCUGACUCAAAUGUAUGCGUUAUUGCGGCGUCGUGUGGACUUAAGAGAGCCCGGGAAGUCUGUGGGAGGAGGCUUACCCACUGCCGGCGUUUACCUCACAGAGCUCAGACCCUUCACUACCCUAGAAGACACUGGAGGUCUCGGGGAGCUUCGGUUAUCAUGGGUGGGUUUCAUCUAUCAACAUGAAGACAUUUCAAAACCUAGUCAUUGAAAAUAAAGAUGUAAAUUCAG